GAAUAAAGCACACUUCACACACACAUUCGUUCAUCAUGAAAUACCAAUUCUUGACUGCUUUAGCCGCCACUGUGGCCUCUGUCAAUGCUAUGGGUGAUCUUGCCUUCAACUUCGGUGUCCAAGACAACUCAGGAAACUGUAAGAGCUCUGAAGAAUUUGCAGCUGACUUGAAGACCUUGUCUUCAUACGCCAAAAUCGUCAAAACUUAUGCUGUUUCUGAUUGUAACACUUUACAAAACUUGGGACCAGCUGCUGACGACGCCGGAUUCCAAAUGAUUGCCGGUAUCUGGCCAACCGAUGAUGACCACUUCAGUUCUGAAAAGACCGCUUUACAAAACUACUUGCCAAAUAUUUCCAAAGAUACCAUCAAGGUUUUCACCGUUGGUUCUGAAGCCUUAUACAGAGACGACUUGUCUGCAUCUGACUUGGCCGACAAAAUCAAUGAGAUCAAGGACUUGUUGAAGGAUAUCAAGGACAAGAACGGAGACUCAUAUGGUGACGUUCCAGUCGGGUUUGUUGACUCCUGGAAUGUUUUGGUCGAUGGGGCCUCUCAACCAGCUAUCAAGGCUGCCGACUUCACCUACGCCAACGCCUUCUCCUACUGGCAGGGACAAACCUUGAAAAACUCAUCAUACUCCUUCUUCGAUGAUAUCAUGCAAGCCUUACAGGUAAUUCAAACCACAAAGGGAGAUACUGACAUUGAGUUUUUCGUUGGUGAAACCGGAUGGCCAACUGAAGGUACCAACUACGAAAAUGCCCAACCAGGUGUUUCUAACGCCAAGACUUACUUUCAACAAUCCGUCUGUGCUCUCAGAGCUUGGGGUGUCAAUGUGGGUGUUUUCGAGGCUUUUGACGAGGCUUGGAAGCCUGACACUUCUGGUACUGAUGAUGUUGAAAAACACUGGGGUGUUUUCGACUCUAACUCAGACUUGAAGUAUUCAUUAGAUUGUAACUUUUAAUGACAUCUACCGGUGGGUGUAUGGGAUUUUUCAUAGGUUUAUAAGGUUUUUAGAUACCCAAAUUAUUAUUUCCUCGUUUGUACUUGUACUUUAAUGAAGCAUCACCUUGC